GUUGACAUGGCGCCUAUGGUUAUGGAACAAGCAGUGUGUACAACAAAAAGAGAAAAGUGACCUGCAGCGUUAGAUUACUGCACGUAUUCGGGUAAUACCAACACUCUGUUUAUAAACCACUUGUUUCUGUGGGUGAUCAUUUGAUCUGCAAAGAAAUAUAAUGAUCUAAUUAAGCCUAACUAACCUAAUUAGAUUAAAAGAUCUUGUGGAAUGAAAAGUUAGUCAUCACGUGCAUCGUAGAGUGACCAGUGUGUUCAUUUCCGUUGUUAGACUGGUCAGUGAAUAUCACAGUGUUUCUUUCUCUUCAAUGCUGCAGUGUUAUUUUUAAGUUUAAAGAUCUAGUAAGGAAUGGAGGCUGUGCUGCAAUCUCCAAACACUUUCUCCAAGAAUGUGAAGAAAAAGACAAUCUUACCUCUGAGCCAACUGGUGGAGGAAACCAGGAGGACUUCCAGAGUCUCUCAUCACCUUCUUGAAACUAGCAGUUUUGCCAAGGUUAAGAGCAAUAAUGUUGUUGUGGCUGAACCAUCAGAACUGCAUUUUAGUGGGUUUGAAGUGGGAAAGGAGUACAAAAAGGUUGUGAAACUUAUCAAUAUUUAUCCUGAGGUGAUCCAUGUCCACAUUCUUCCUACUCAAACCAAGUACUUUCGAACAGAAUGUACACAAAAGAGUCGGCUAGCCCCAGGACUCGCUCACACUAUAACUGUGCACUUCAGUCCAGAUGAAUGGCGCUACUUUUUCGACAGCAUCCGGAUUCACUGCAAGGGGGAGGAGAACUUGCUGAUUAAUAUUCAUGCUUAUCCUGUCAUUGAUGAUCUUGAGAUCCCAUCUCAAAUAAAUCUGUUUCCUGUGCCAUUGGGACAAAGCUCCACCUGUGUGAUUCCUCUGAGCUGCAGUUGUCCAGUAGACUUUGAGUUCCAGAUGCACUGCUUAAAGUCCCAUGAGGCGUUUACCGUAUAUCCUUUGUCAGGAAUCAUCCCAGCCAAAGGGAAGACAGAUGUAUCAGUGACAUUCCUACCACAGCAGUAUGGAAUGGCUGAAAUCACUCUACAGCUGGUCAUCUCUCAGUUCAACUCAAAACCCUUUAUCUGCACAUUUACUGCAUCCUGCUCUCCUAAUCUGACUCUAAACCAACAAAGAGAACAUGAAGAGAAUGCUGAAACUGCCAAAGAUAUCCAAACAGAAAACGUUAUGUUCCUUGUUCCUCCCAAACAAAGGGCUAAAUUGCCACCAAAAAUAGAGAAGCACACUAAAAAGAAGAUAAAAUCAGACCCAUAUACACAGAGCUCUGAUGUAGAUCUUUCAAAACACAGACUUGCUAAAAUGCUCAUUCAGCGGCAAGACAAAAUGAGCUACAAGGACCUCAGAGAGGCCAUGUCCCAUACCAAGUCUGCAAACCAGACAAGACAGAUGAAGGAGGCUGCAUUUGAAAAUCAAGUUCGAAUAAAUGCCCAAAAAAUGAAUCAACUUCAGUGGCAGGUACAGCUAGGUGACGAUUUGUUCUCAGCAGAACAGAAAAUACAGAUUCUGAAGAAACAGGAAGUUGCAGCUUCUGAGUAUAUGAUGAAGAAGGACAUGGAUGGCAGUGAGAUGGAUGUUAACCAGAUUUUUCCAAAACUGUCAUCUCAUCGUGUUGUCCGUUGUGCAGGACAGCUCCCUGACUGCACUCCGGUGUUCUACAUUUAUGGCAGUAGCCAACUGGAGGUCAGGAGGAGAGUGCUUAGACUCUUCCAACAAACUGUUCGUAAGAUCAUUCUGCAGGUUCGUAUGAAUAAGAGGCUGCUUCUUUUGCAAGAACUAGCUUCCAGUACAAAGAUGCAAGUCAGGGGAGCAAAAAAUAAAGACAUGAAUGAAAAGAAACAACUCUUAAAUCUGGCAUCAGAAAAGCUGCAGCCCUUCAUAUCACCCAUCUUUCCUUCUACAAGCCACCCUGACCAACUUCUCACUAAUAAAAUUGGAAAUGUUCAAGUGGGGUUGCUUGAAAAAAAUGUGACUACCACCAUACCUUUUUUUAAUCUAAAGGUUCCUCAGCACUACAAGCUAAUGGGUUAUCAGGAAGUCAGUGUGUACGAUUUCAAAGAGUUUUUUGCCUGCAGAAACCAGAGUAGAGAAUUACGCACUGGAGCAGAGAAUGAACUGCUGCCCAUAGUGGUGUCUCCUGAUUUAAACUCCGAAGAGAAGGAGCUGCAGGGAGAGGAGAGAUCAGAGUCAGACCUCAACCACAUGUUCUUUUUCAGGACUCCUCAUAAUGUGUUGAAGCCACAAAAUGUCCACCCUCUCAGGAUAUUUAACCCUGCUCCGAGUGUGUAUGCCUUCAGACCAACCCCAUUAUACCUUGAGAGUGACCCAGAGUUCCACCUUUGUCCAAUGACAAGACACACCUUCUGCAAAAACCACGCUGUGGGAGUCCAUACCAACAGAACCCAAAAGAAGUUUUUAGACAGAGAGGACAUUAUAAAAGGAACCAUGAUAUGGAAGAAGUUUCCCUGUCUGGCACUGAAUACCGUUUCCUCUUUUCCAACACAAACCAGCAGUUGGACCCCAUACAUCAGGUGUGACCCUUUCAGUAGUUUGGUGCUGCCCCUGGAAACCCCAGCAUCACUGAAGGACCUUCCUGACAACAUCAGAGCAGAAAUUUCUUUUGGAGAGGCUGAAGAUACAGGAGUCAGUCUGAAUCCUGACAUGGUUCAAGCUGAGUUUAUGGCAUUUGAAAAUUCACCUUUCAAAACUUUGAAAGAAGACUCCAUUAAGGAUGACCGGUCUUUGGGAUCUGACUGGUUGGCUACUGUCUCAUCAAUCAAGCCAUCCUUCAUCAAAAUGGCCUUACCUUUUUCCUCCAGAACGGUCUUGGCUUCUGGAUAUUCAAUCAGGGCCUCCAUGAGGUCAUCUUUUGAGAGGGUGAAGAGGUCAGAGUAACCCACACUACGGAUGUUGGCAGUCCUACGAUUCCCAGCUUUACUGCCCUUGAUGCCCAAGAUACUGAUCUCACCAAAAUAUGCACCAUCACUUAGUACAACAAACUGUGUUAUGCCAUCAUCUGCUACAACAGCCAGAUUACCUUCUUUAAUAAUAUACAUCUCACGACCAAUAUCACCCUUCUUGCAGACAUAGUCUCCAGGGCCGAAGACCUGUAGCUGGAGCUUGAGCACUAGCUCGAUGAGCAGUCCUGCUUCACAAUCCUGAAAAAUACGCACCUUGCUCAGUGUUUCCAAAUGAACACUGAUGGCAAUCUCUGCCUUCAGUUUAUCUGGUAGGUAUUUAAGAACUUCCUUUUCAUUACCAAUCUUGUCUGCUCUCCAAAGGUAGUCAAACCACUUGACAACACGGACCUCUAGAUCUUUGUUGACCUUCCGGAACUGCAUGUACUGCUUAAUAGAGUCAAUCUUGGCUUGAAAUUGAGCACGUAAAGCAUUCAUGUUGGAUAUCAUGGCACCAACAUUACCAACAAUAGUGGCAAAAAUUAGCACACCAAUGAGAAAAUCAGCAACAACAAACAAAUACUCAAUAUCUGUUACAGGUGCUGGGGUUUCUCCAAUAGUAGUAAGGGUCAGUGUGGACCAGUACAGGCAGUAGGUAUACUUCAUAGACAGGCGGCCAUACUUAGGAUCACUAAUGUUAGGGUAGACCCAGGCAUCAGUCCCAAAGCCAAGUGUUUUGGAGAUAGCAAAAAAGAUGCAGGCAUUCCAAUGGAUAAUGAUUAAAAUAUAUAGGACAAGGUUGCCAAUUCUAAAUAUAUUUGGAAAGCUGGUCCUUGUCUCAGUCCUGUAAAAAAACUCAAAAAGACGAGCCAACUUGAAAAGGCGAUUGAAUCUCAGCUCUGGACUGUCAAUGCCAAAUUGUAACAUUAAUAAAUCUGUUGGUAUCAUGCUUAUCAGGUCACAUUUGAACUGGGGUGUCUGUUUGUAGCGAUCCCAAAGCUUCUUUGAAUCUCUGACCAGCAGACCUUGCUCCAGAAAUCCUGGUAAAACAUAUAUCAUGAAAAUUUACUUUAAUAAAACAUAUUCUAUUUAGUAAUGUAUAGUGUUAUUUUAGAUUACAUUAAAGGAAUGCAUGCACAAAUAUGCUAUGUGGUUUACCUGUUCUGGAUCUUAUAAAAGUGUCAGUGUAGUAGAUAACAUCUGAAGUAUAGUCCAGUGCUACCCAGAGCAUAGUGUAAUCUGUUUGGAGUUCAUUGAAACAGGAUCUAAAAUAUAAUAAUUUUAUUUUUAAAAAGUCUACCUCUAUAAUUUCAUACCAUGAAUUAUAUGUCCUCAUCAUGCCUCAGUGAGUAGUUUUUUGUCAAACACCAAGUCCUCGAAAGUACUAACAUCAAAAAGCUGUGGCUGAACAUGCCCCUAUGCUGGUUAAUACUCUUCUUAUUGCGAAGUAGCAGGGGUAGAUGAGAUUAAGCCAGAAAUGUUAGAGACACUGCAGAUUGUUGGAUUGUCUUAGUUGUCUUGGGAAUGUCAGGAUCCUCUAAGAGGAGCUAAAAUCUGUGGCUGGGCAUAAAGACGUUUGGGUUGAUAAUGCUGCAACUCCCACCAAGUGGAAGAGAAUAAAUGAAUGAAUUUCUCAUAGAGCAUAUAAUCUUACAAAUAACUAGCGAUGAAAGCUGAAGAGUAGAAUGGCAUUUUAGUAAAUAAAGUAAUUAUAUUGACUGGGUCUAUAAGAGGACAUGGAGGCAUGGGUGAGCAUCACAAUAGAGGGAGAGAAGGGGAGUUGGACCGACAGUCAAUGUGUGAUGAUUCUCAAAGGCAGUGUCUUAUUACCGCCAGUCUACUUAUUUGAGUCUCUUUGUGCUUUAACUCCUGUAACUGGCAAGAGAAGAAGUGCAAUCUGUCUGGUAGAGAUUUUCUGACUGAAGUCUGCAUGAUGUAAGGAUAAACCUACUUACAGGGCUCUGAACCUCUACUAACCACAAGCCAGUUUCAUAGAUUGCCACUUUUGUACAGUGAUAUCUCUGAUGUGAGGUUUGUGGAUGGUAAUAUGUGAUCAACAGAGUGAUCAACCAGGAAAGCUUCAUGGCCCCCAAAUCUCAAGAGGCCAGCAAAUGAAAAAUCAAUGAAGAGAUCUACUGUUCUGAAAGAAAUUCUAUUAGGAAGCUUAUAAUUUCUCUCGAUGCAGGAAUUUCUUGAGCAUACAUCUCUUCUAGCACAUCAGGAAUGAUGGUGUAAAUGCUGGUUCAGAGAAUAAGCUCCUUAACAUAGUGUAUAAAUUUGGGGAUUGACAUCUACAUCUUUGUAGAGAUUUAUAAUCAAAGGCCUUUUUCUCAAGGAAAGCGUGAUCAGGACAUGUCAAGAAUGUGGGUCCACAAAGUCAUGUUGUAAGUUGGGCGGCAGAUCUGGUGGCAUAGUCUGCAGGAUUCUCUAUCCCUUGAAACAUAACACCAUUCUUCAUUGUUCAUGAAUCCAAGAGGAUGAUAAACACUGUUUAGAAUGGAUAGAAUACCUCAUUGUGUGAAAGCCUUCUACUCAUCAGUGACUCUAAAGGAAAUUAGAUUUGAAAUUAGAUAUCAGAUUUGAGAUGAGGCUUAUGGCUGGGUUAUUUUUCACAAAAGUGUUUUGCUUUUUUUUUGAGGUCUGGUCCAUAUAACAAAACAUCCUAGAGGAACACAUCUUAUAUAAAGUGCUGACAAGCUCACAUCAGGCAAGGAGUCUUAACAUUUUUUUUGUUAACUGUUAAAUUGGCCUUAAUAAAAAUAUUGAAAUGUAUGGCCCUCAAAGGGAGUAGCAACAUGGUCAUCAUUUUGCCCAUGUCUUGGUGGUAGAAUGCAUCCUUACGAUAAAGAAUUGAGCUUUCUGAUAGCCUGAUAGUGGAGGCAGAUUGCAUUAUUAGAAAGAGGGAGGCUGCAUUUUAAAUGAUAGUGAGCGAUAAUGUUGCAGCAGCUCUGUAUGCUCAAACAUUAUCUGAUGUGAGAGUGAAUCUGUCCGGGAAGCAAAGUGCUAAUCUUCAUGAGCCUGCUCCUCAGUGUAUUGGAUUGAUGGGCAUUGUGUUCGGCAGCUCACAGCUAUCCACUACUGACUCAAAAGCUUCUGUUUCAACUAUGACAGCAUCAGUGUUCCUUUUCAAUUUCAACAUCUCCAUUAAUGACUCUUGUCAAUAAUGGCUCGCUAGGAUGAUGAGGUUUAUAGGACCGGAUCAGCCAUGUUACAGCAGGAAACUUAUCUAUAACAGUUUAUUCUUUACUAUUAUAACCUAUUUUAUUAUCAUUGGUAAAUAUUGUAAAUAAUUUAUAAGUAUAAGGAAGUUUGUUAGUUUGCCUCUGUAAGGAUUUUGUAAUAGGCCUACAUAUGCGAUAUGAAGCUGUCACUUCAGUAAUAUUGAGGUACCUAGUAAGCAACUAAGUGAGCAAACACUAAUUUUGUAAACCUGAUUUUGGAAAAAUCCUACAGAACCCAUAUAAUUUUUCACACACAUUUUAGAACCUUUUACACAUUUACACCACUGGCAGCUAGUUUUUAAAAUGGGGAAGCAUAGGUGUCUGGUGAACUGGAAUAGGCAGAAUGUUGAUGCUGGAACUGGUGUAUAACUACAUUUAUCUCAAUUUUCUCAUGUUCUGUAUCAUUUAGUUCCAGUCAAUACCAAGCCUUUUGAUUACUGUUUGUCCCCUUAUUUUUUUUUUGUUGUUUUGUUUUGUGAUUCUGCCUAGUCCAGUUCACCAGACAUCUAUGCUUCCCCAUUUUAAAAACUAGCUGCCAGUGGUGUAAAUGUAUAAAAGGUUCUAAAAUGUGUGUGAAAAAUUUGCAGCAUAGAUAUUAGUGAUUAGUGACAUUAUUAAAUACAGGGCAGUUAACAUCUUUGUGGAAUGUGGUGGCAGUGUUUUGCAGUUUUUGUGUGGUCAGAAAGAUGCUUGUGCAAGCUUUUAAUUCACCUGGUCACAAGCAUCAUUAGAUUGUAGAAAGCAGGCACUGCCAUAAUGAUGAGCCAGUAAUAAUAUAUAUUUGUAGCCGGGUCCAUGAUCCAAGGAUCGUUUCUGAAAGAAAAUAUUAACAUAUUCAGCUCUGUUUCAGUUUAGCUAGUGCAACAUGCUAAGAUACUAAAAUAGCCUACUGCUACAUCCUCAGUCUGAACCCAUCAACCCCAUCUGCUUACAUUUUUUUUAUGUUCUUUUGGUUGUGUUCUUUGUCAUCUUUCUUGUCAUCUUUGUCAUUCUUUCUUUCAUCUUGCUUGUCAUCUUUCAUGAGCUCCUUGUCAGUCUUUUUACUAAAUAAGAGUAUGUCAUGACAUAACAUCAUUAUAAUCUUUAUAAUAUAUGUAAUUUCCAAUUGUUUUCAAAACAUUUUCCUCACUUACAGGUCAGUGUUGUUGCAGUUGUUCAUAUUUAAUGUAUCAAUGACCAGUGGCUGGUAUUCUUGUUGAAUAUAUCUGAAAGUACCAAAUUAUAUUUCUGUUUAAACCAAGUUAAGAAUUUAUUUAACAUAUUUGUGUGUAUGUGUGUGUGUGUGGCCUAUCCUGACUCAGUGUCCACUUGAUGGGUUAAUUCAGACCUGUUGCUGGCACAUGAACACUCGGUGCAGAUUUUGGCCAUUUUCUUUUUUCCUUACUGCAACACAGAUGAAAUAAGUUUGAUGGUUAUGGAGGAGCUGCAGGAUUAAGUUAAACUACAGCUAAGAGAUUUCAAUAAAAUCUAGACGUGACACCAGGAACGGCUACCAUACAGCUAAAACAGAUCUAUUACUAUUUUUUUUCAAGGUAGUAUUCCAGCUUGCUACAUACACUGUGCUUGUUUUUACACCCCUGUAGCCUAUCCUGAUAAAGAAAUAAAUUGAUUAUAUGUUUAAAUAUUUACUACACCUAAUGUAAUAUAAGUGAUAGGAUAUGAUGAAAAGCCUGCUUUUUUAUGCAGAAUGAAUCAUUCAGUAGAAAGACAAAGCAAAUCAAUAGCCUCAUAUUGACUGAUAUUAGUAGAUACAGCAUACUGAACAGAUACCCAGAGGAAACUAAAGGGUUAUGUUAGCAAAGAAUACUGACAUAUUCUUUGCUAAAAUAACCACAAAUGAAGCCUUAAUCAAUUCCAGUAAAAAGCAUUUAUCAGGGGACUGAAAGGUUUACAAGCUUCCUCACAAAUCUACAGUAAUUAGUUUGAUAAAAAAAAAGUCAUUCAAGCAAGCAAACAAAAAAUCACACUUGAGAGCAAUGUUUGUGUCUAUUAUAAAAUUAAUUGGCUCAAUCAGAAUAUAACAGUACCCACUUAUUACUGCACACACACACACACACACACACACACACACACUGAUCAGCCACAUUAAACAUUAAACAUUAAAACCACUAACAGUUGAAGUGAAUAACAUUGAUUUUUCUGAUUACUCAGUGCUUAGAAUUUAUUUUCAAAGUGGCCUGUGAGACCCUGGUUUCCUCUGCUAACCUCAGUAAUGGAGCUAAACUGCAUUGGCUCACUGACAGCAGACUGAAAUUGGAACCUCAGACUAAGAUUGGUGUCUAAUGUAUACAUUAGCUCCGCUUCAAAGGGGAUAAUGAGUGUGAAUGCUAGAUUCAUGCUCAAGUGGUCAAAUGCACUGGUUCUCUAAAGAGUCAGGAUGUGUAUCAGUUUUAUUCCUAAUGCCUUGGCAUUGAUCAUCUCAGAAAGGUUAUUGUUGGAAUGGAUGGUUCAGGUUCUUUCUAUCUAAUUCCUGAGAUGUUUAUUAAGGAUGGGCUUGAGAGGAGACUGUAUAGGCCAGAGAAGCAAUGCAAUCUCACUGCAAUGUAUUUGUGAGCAGUCAGCAAUAAUACUGUUAAUGCCAGAAUUAUUGGCACUACUAAUUUGUCACCAUUUUGUAUAGUGGGUUUGGUGCUUUUCCAUACUUCGAAUGCUAGCAUGAAAACUCUGGCUUUCCCCAUUUUCAUUCCAUCCUUUGUAGAGCAAUGGACACUAUCGCAGGUUCUGAAUUUCCAGUUUUCUCUUUCAUCAUUUUUAUUUCAGUAAGAUUAAGAUAAAGAUGCCUUUAAGGAUAUUAACAAGCAGAUUGGUACAUGCUACAUACAGCCUUUUAUGGGUUAACUAUAUUGUACCUGAGAGGCAAGGAGAGGUAAUCAGGUUGGAGAGGCCAUCAGAAAGUUUGGACAUUAGAUGAAGAUUUUCAUGUAUCUAACAGUUCCUACAGAAAUGUAAAAGUUUAGGUACCAGACAGUUCACAUGCUCUGUAUGACUGAGUGCAUAUCAUUUGCAGAAGAGUUAACAUUUGAAAGCAUAAAAGGUCUGUGUACUAGAGGCUCUUGCAUUUAAAAAAGUUACCUGCAGUGCUGGUUCAUAGUCUUUGGCCUCCACAUCCCUUAGAGAGCCCACAUUCUUAAGUGUAGGUCAAGUUUGCCAAAUCAAUCUGAGACAGUACAUCUUACUCAAGGGAAAGCUGUCAAGUCAUCCUGUCCAUUAAUGAGGUUAGGAGAGGAAACCUCAUGGGUCUCAUGUUUGCAGAAUCAUUGUUAAAGGAGGAAAUACAUACAGCUAGUCAUAGGCCUGUGUAUCCUGACCUAUUGGACUGUCCUGCUCUGUCAGGGAUUUUCAUAAUCGACAUUGGGGUGGCAUAAUAUUAGCAAAGAGGUUUACAUGUGCACUACCAAACAUGUCCCUUUGACUUUAACAAUAACAUUGUUUUCUGGUGCCAGUUUGAAUAUUUCAGAAACUGUUGAUCUCUUGUGAUGAGAACGUUCUGUGUGAGAAAUUCCUUGUUGAUUAGAUAGGCCAGAAAAGCAAUGGGCAGAUUGGUUCAGGUUACCAAGAGGAUAUAAUAACUCACAUACUCACUCUUUACAACCUUGCCCAUGAUAGACUGUGAUGGGGGAUUCUUCUGGUGCUGCCCAUCCACUUUAAGGUUUGAUGUGCUAUGCAUACUGGGAUGGUUUUCUUCUCACCAUGGUUGUACAGAGUGAUUAUUUGAGUUACCUGUCAGCUCAGGCCAGUCGAGUCACUCUCCUUAGAUGAUCUCUCUUCCAGGAGCUCAGCAGUUUCUGAAAUCCUCAAACCAGCCCAUCUGGUACCCAGAACAAUUUCACAGUUAAAGUCACUGCCACUGAGACAUUUUCCCCAAAUCUGAUGUUUGAUGUAAACAUUAACUGAAGUUUACAUUUACUUAAAGUGCAUUCUGAGUAUAAACUGCAUGCAUACAAUUAUGCUUGAUUAUUUCUCUUUAAUUUUUAUUUAUUUAUAGGUUUAGCUGUCUAGAUUUUUUCAGUGCAAUAGAACUAACUAAUUCGCAGCUUACUGGGAAAAUGCUACUUUUUUUGUCAAACUGAUUUAGAAAAAAAUCCAGUCCAUUUAUUAUCUCUUUUCUGACAGCUAGGUGGGGCGACCUUUUCUUGGCUGUCUGAACACCUGAGACACUGGUUGUCUUACAAAGGUUUACCUACUAACCACAUAUUUGAUUACUAUUAACUACUGACAAUUUUUUAGAAAGGAAAACAUGGCACAUAUUGCCAGAUCUUGACUUUCCAUAGUUUUUGCACACACACACACACACACACACACACACACACACACUCUCUCUCUCUCUCUCUCUCUCUCUCACUCACACACACACACACAACCAUUUAUAACAACAGUAAUUUUACUUAAAAAACACAUUAAUACAUACAUUUUACAUUAAUAGGCAAUGGUUUUACAGUAAAAGACUGCUAACAUGUAGCCUUAAUUCUUUGUAUGCUAUAUGUUAUGUGAGUUCUGAACAUUUAUAACUACACUAAUUGUUAUUUUGGAAGUAAAGAAAGCAUGAGAAGUAAUGUGCAUACACAAAUUAAAGAAACGUUUACUUUUUCUUUUUUGGCCAUGUAUCUGGUCAGAAAUUUCAUUACAACUCAGUGUGAACUGAAUGUUUUAAAAUGAAUGUUUAUAAUAUGACAUACAUAUAACACACACAGUUACUGGAAAGGCUGCAUGAAGACUUACCCAGCUGAGUAAAACAGUUCUUUGGUAGAAGUUAAAUGGUUGUUCCAAUGUAUUAAACUUCAGUCUCCAGUUGUUAAUGCAUGUAGUUUUCUUUACACCUCAUUCCUGGUGGAGUCCAUACUAAUGUAUAUGGAAUCUGUUUUCAGUAGUCCCUUGUGUUGUUGUGCUCUGCUGCCAUGUGUGAGGUGGAGGUGAUUCCCCCUCCUUAUAUAUAGUGCACCGUGAUGAAUCUAAGCCUGGCCUUUCCAUGACCAACAACCUUACACAAUGCUCCAUGUAUGAAUAUUUAUACAUUUUUAUCUUCAUGCAACUGCUUAUUACAGAAAAACGUUUGCUUGGAAAAAAGGUGUUACCAGAAACUAUAUAUGUUUCUAGCAUCUAUGUUGCAGCUACAACUAUUUUUAAUAUUUGUUAAUCCACCCCCAAAAAAAGGUUGUAUUAAGAAACACACACACACACACACAUUGUCCAAAAUCCAUAGUUUUAUUCAAAGCAAAUACCAAUUUCUGUUUCUGUUUCUGUUUAGGUUCUGUUUUAGUCUAAAAAUAGAUUCAGAUGAGUGCGAAUAAUUUGGUCAGUACUUUGGUCAGUAAUUUGGUCUGUACUUACUAUGAGCUUAACCUGCUGUACAAGUUUGCAAGGCUUGUUUAUAGACCCUGUUGAAAAGUCAGCAAUAAUUUCCCCACUAAUGUGUGCAGGUAAUUGCUUGUGUCCCUUGACUCCUUAAACUGAUUGGCUCCUCUGAGAUCCCAUGUUGUUUAACUUGGACAGAGUCACUUGUCACUACAUGUCACUAUCUGUACAUGGCACUACCUCACUGACUUGGUGGUGCUUUUGUUGCUUUUAAUUAUUGCUUUUAUUGAUGGACCUGCAAAUCCAAUACCUUUAAAAAAUGAAAGAAAUCAGCAUGGCAGAAGUGUAGCUUAUAUUUUGGCAGAGCUCAAUAUCGUUCCAUAAAAAUUAGCGAUACUUUAAUUAAAAUUAAAUUAAAUACUUUUUAUUCUGUUAUUUGUACACAAACACCAACCAGUCUAUCGGCUAUUUCCUGAAUAUGUCAACAGUUUAUGGUUGAUGAUGUUGAGCAAAUCUACCUACACCUUAUAGACUAUGUCAGCAUGUCCCAAGUCUUAAGUCUGCUAUUUGGACUAAUCAUAUACCUUACGAUUCAAGUCAAGUCAAGAAGCUUUUAUUGUCAUUUCAACUCUAUAUAGCUGAUGCAGCACACAGUGAAAUGGUGCAACAUAAAACAAUACACAGCUACAUAAGACAAAAAACAAUACAGAGCUAAGGACUAAGGAGUAAUUCGUCCUAGCCACAUAAAGUGCUUUCUUAUCUUGUAAGGUAAUUAAAAGUAAUUUGGACAUUUUGACAUCAGUUGAUCAUGCUGCUUCAUGACAGUCUAGAAUUCUAAUAUUGAACUAAAUAAUCUGUUACAUAAGUCACAUAAUUAACUUUGGAGCAAUGAAAUUACUAUUACACAUGUAUAUCAAUAGAAAAUAUAGGAACUGUUUUAGUAUUAGAGUAUUAGUGUUAGAAUUGAGUGGACAACAAAAUAAAUUCUUUGACUUUCAAAUGUCUUUAGCAGCAUGUCUUGCCAAGAAGGUAAUCCUUCUGUAAUAAUACUUGAUUAAUUUUCUGAUACCUGAUACCUUCAAUAAAUAUUUUAAUGGUCCAAUUCCUGCUUGUCUGUACUUGCUGUAGUGAACUACACAUGCACAACAACUAGAGCCCUCUGGUGGUCAUUGUUUGGUUUAUUGUGAAAAUUGUGAAUUUGUGCUGAAGAGAGAGAUGGUUC